GGCGGAUGCGCUUGCGUGAUGCCGGUUUCGUGUUAUUAUUGCGUUUAGUUUGGCGUCUAUACCUUAUAACUUGUGAAUUCAUUGAUUUUCAACUGUAAAUAAUAUUUUGGUAAGUAGUAAACUAUGUACAAUAUAAAUUCACUACGAAAUGUUCAUUUUGUAUGUUUAUCUAAUGUAGAGUCAGUGAUGAUGAUUUCAGUAUUUUCCACCUAUGACGCCGUGCUCCAUGGCGACUAUAGCAUAGUCUUUGAUGUUUUACCGUUAUGGCGGUUCAUCAUAUAAAGCGUGAAAUCUAAUUUUAUUUAUAUUUCCGUAAAAUUUAAUGACUGUAUCAGUAAUUGCGAUGUUUCGCGCGUAACUAACUUCGUCCUUGAGAUCCGUGAAUACGCGCCAAUGUGCAAACAUGGUCGCUCAGAAAAAGGGCCGUGGUGCAAAGAAUCAGGCGACCAAGGCGAAAGCAGCGGCUCAGGCGGUAGAGGAGCCGGUUGCGGAGGUAGAGGCCGCGGAGCCAAUGGAAGCGACUGACGAGAAUAACGGUGACGCUGAGCAGCCCGAACAGACAGAAGAAGCCACUGGUGGAGAAGCAGAGGCCAAUCAACAGGCCGACCAAACACAGGAGAACGCCGACGGCGAACCCAAACCAGAAGAAAAAAAGGAAGAGAAAGUAGAAACUGGUAAACUGCUUGUGGAGAACCUUCCAUCGAGCUAUCUGUUUGACUACCAAGAUAAACUAAAGGAGCUUUUCUCAAAACAUGGAGAAGUUCUCAACGUCAAACGUGGUCCAAUCAUUGUUACUGAACUGACCACAACUCCGACAUUAUCGGCAAUAGUCGAAUUCAAAAACAAAGAGUCUCUGGACAAGGCGUUGCAAGAGGACGGCACAGUGUUGGACGGCAGCGCCAUCGCCGUGGCGGUGGAGUCUCGCGCAGACACCACUGUCCUGGUGGGCGUGCCCUACGAGGCCAGCACGGACUACGUGCGUCUCCUGUUCUCGCAGUGUGGCGAUGUGGCACAUAUACACGAGUUCAGCAAGACCAAGUAUAAGAUACUGCGGGUGACAUUCCACGGUAAAGAGGCGGUGGAGAAGGCGUUGAAGUUGGACCGGGAGCUUCGCAUCAACGGGUUCCUGCUCACCGUGUCGAAGUACCGCGACGACGAGGAGCAGAAGGCGCACAACGCGAGCGCUAAACAGAACAAGCGGCCACAGCAACAGAACCGCAACAACUCCAACACGAAUAACUCCAACAACGCGGCCAACAACCGCACCAACAACUUCCGCCCGCGCGGCGGCGGCGGCGGCGGCGCCUUCAACGCGCGCGGCAACUUCAGGGGGGCUCGAGGCGGUCGCGGAGGCUUCGGCGGUCGCGGCGGCGCUUUCCCACGCGGGGGCUUCGCGCCCGUCAACACCUACAUGCCGCCCCAGGGCUUCAUGGCGCGCCCCGGCGGGUUCAUGAAUGACGGACAGCGGCCGAACAAGCGGCUGCGGCAGAUGUAACCGCGCCCCACCCAGUGCAUCAGCAUCCAAUAUCGUGCGUCGUCGUCUUAUGUUCGUGUGUGUCCGUGUGAAGAGAGUCCCAGAGACAACAGUGACAGUUCAGUUCGUUCAGUAUCAGAAUAAAUCUAGCUAAUUGUAUUUACUAAGUACAUGAAAUAAAAAAUAAAAAAUAAUAAUUGUAAGCUAUUGUCUUUUGACAGGUAAUAAAUGUAAUUACUAAC